AUGAAGUUCUCCCUCGCAGCUUUGACAGCGACUCUGGCGACUGCCGCGGCGUUCGCUCCUGCCCACAACAUGGGUCGACAGGUUUCUGCUCCGAUCGGCUUCAAUACCAAGCUUUUCAUGUCGACCGUUGUCGACGAGUCGGCCACUGGCGAGUCGGCUGUUACUGUGAUGAGGCCACCCAUCAACAUGAAGUGGGAGCAGGUAGCUGCACAGCUCCAAGAUGCAUUUGGGUACAGCCAGGAAGAGAUCGAAGCCUACACUGUCCUCGAUGGAGACAAGGAAGGUCUGAUGGGACUCUACAAAUCCAUGCAGGUGGCUCGACAAUUCGAAAAUGCAUGUAACCAACAAUACAUGCAGGGAAAGAUCCGUGGUUUUAUGCAUCUUGACAAUGGACAGGAGAGUAUUCCAGGACUCUUGGAAUAUGCCCUCAAGAAAGAGGAUAAGAAGAUCUCUUACUACAGAGAACACACUCACGCCAUUGCCAGUGGUGUAGACAUGGGAGAGGUCAUGGCAGAGCUUUUCAUGAAAGAUACAGGAACCUGCCGUGGCGCUGGUGGAUCCAUGCACAUCUUUGACAAGGAAACUUACUUCCAGGGUGGCUGGGCUCUUGUCUGUGAACAACUUCCAUAUGCUUGUGGUUUGGCCAAGGCCAUCCAGUUGGACAGACACUUGGGAAUCUCAGAUGAUGCCGAAGUGAAGGCCAAGGACAAUGUUCCCCCACCAGCGGAUGAUGACCGAAUUUCUGUUGUGUUCAUUGGAGAGGGUGGAUCCCAGAAUGGCCGCAUGGCUGAAGUUCUCAACUCUGCCUCCAAGGACAACCUCCCCUUGCUUAUCAUUGUCAUUGACAAUGGUCGCGCCAUCAACACUUUCACUCCUGAUGUUGCAAAGAACUCGGAUGUUUACAAGCAAGGAGAGCACUAUGGAGUUCCUGGUCUUUUGGUUGAUGGAAACAACCCAGCUGAUGUGGCCAAGGGAGGCAAGGCGGUUAUUGACUACAUUCGCAGUGGCAAGGGCCCUGCUAUCUUGCAGGUGCACACCUACAGAUUCAACGGUCACUCCCCUGCUGACCCUGAGCAUGAGCGUGGUCGCAAGGAUGAGAAGGCUUGGGCUCGUGCUCAACAAGAUCCCAUCAAGAUCUUUGAAGACCACUACACUGCCACUGGCAUGUUCACUGAAGACGAACUGAAGGCCACAAAGAAGCAGGUCCUUGCUGAUGUCAAGGCUUGUGUUAAGUUUGCUGAUGAAUCUCCCAUGCCUCCAGUGGAUCUUGCCAAGGAACUUGAGUACCCUGAUGCUGUGGACACAGACUACAACUUGAAGGAGGGCCCUGCAUGGGCUGAUGAGGUCAAUGCCAGAACCAUCAGUCCUGAGAAGAUGGAGACUGUCCAGGCACACAUUGCUGAUCUCCAGGCCAAGGCCAAGGCUGGUGACAUCUCUAUUGGAUCCUCUUAUGAUAUUCCCAAAUUGACUCAGCAGACCUAUGGAAAGGAGCGUGCUGCUGAUGAGAUCAUUGAUGAAGGCCACUUCAUUGGAAAGGCUCUUGGUGAGGGAUUGAAUGGCUACCGCCCUAUUGUGGAGUUGAUGAACACCAACUUUGGUAUCUAUGGUAUGGCGGAGAUCAGUUCUGCUGGAAACACCUAUGCCACCACUGGAGGUCAGUUUGACAUGCCAAUGACCAUCAUUGGUGCUGGUGGAACUGCUCCCAACCAAGCCCUUGGAGCUGAGCACAGUCAGCCCUUCCAUGCCUAUGUCAUGGGCAUCCCAGGAUUGAAGAUUGGAACAGCUGCCUCACCAGACGCUGCCUAUGGUCUGACCAAGAGUAUGAUCCGUGACAAUGGCCCAUGCUUCUUGUUUGCUCCAGUGAAGAUGAUGAAGGAGGCCAAGGGACCUGUGGAUCUUGGCAAGUGCAUGCCUCUGAACAAGGCUGCUCUGUUGAAUGAAGCCUCACAGGCCAGUGUUGACAGUGGCAAGGCAGUAACAGUCUUGACAUACUUGCAUGGAGUGAAGGAGUCCAUGGUGGCCAUUGAAUCGAUCCAAGAGGAAGGUUUUGAUAUUGAUUUGAUUGAGUUGCGCUCUUUGAAGCCUCUGGAUAUGGAGACAAUUGAAAAGAGUCUCUCCAGAACGCACAAGCUUGUCAUCUUGGAUGAAUCUACCAAGACUGGAGGAGUUGGAGCAACCAUUAGUGCCAGGAUCUCUGAGGAACUGUUUGAUCUUCUUGAUUCUCCAGUGAAGAGGUUGUGUAUGGAUGACGCACCAGUUCCCUAUGCAUCCAGUAUGGAGAAGGCUGUGGUGAAGAGAGGCAGUGACUUGAUCGAAGGAGUCUUUGACAUCUGCACUGGCAAGUGGUAA